CUUACAGUGCAUUCGUCUCGUCACUGUACUGUAGUGCUGAGAGGAGCCACGAUCGCUCCCGUCUCGUCUUGUCUCGUGCCAUGCUGUGCUUUGAUUUCCAAUCGCUUCAUCUCAUUUCAACUUGACUUUUUAUUUCAUCAUGGAUUAUACGUCCCAAUGCAUUAGUAUACCCUUCAGCAGUUUAGCUCCCUCUCAUCUCAUCUCAUCUCGUCUCGUGUUGUCUUUUCUGUCUAUCUUUCUUUUCGCCGUUUGUUCUAUGAUGAUGGGGUGUUGGUCUUUUGAUGUAGAUACCUGGGCCGGAUCUUUGAUCUACUUGGGCCCAUCAGUCGGGAAGGGUUUGGGGUUGAUGCAUGUUGUAGCGUAGAUCUCAUCACGACGAUGAGAAUGCAUAUUGAUAACAUACCAUACAUAACACAAUACAUCAUACUUCGUGUCACUG